AAAUCUGGCAUCUCUGCGUCUUGCCAUUAAUGUUUUAACAGAAUACCUGUUCGAUAAUUGAACUCUUUGGCAAUAUUUUCAUUCACUUCAUAAGCUUGUUACAUAAAAUGUCAAAAAAUAGAAUUCAAUAUGAUCUGAACGCAAGUUUUGGUUUGAUGCCGAUUAUACAGUCGCUUAUUAAGCCUCCAGAUUCUAGUGAAUCUAAUCCUAAAAUAACUUUGAAGAAGUCCAGUCAUUCAUACUAUAAAAAACCAGGUCGCGGCCAUAACAAUGAUUCCUGUGAUUCCUGUGGGGAAGGCGGUGACUUGAUUUGCUGUGACAGAUGCCCUUCUAGCUUUCAUCUUGGAUGCCAUGAUCCACCGCUAGAUGAACAUAAAAUUCCAUAUGGGUUAUGGAUAUGUCACACUUGUAAAAUGAAAGAUUCCUCUUUAACGUUGAAAUAUAUAAAACUUGAUAAAAUAGCUUCUAAAUGCGAAUCACAUGAUUGUCGAGAAAAUCAAACAGAGUUAUUGCAAACUUUCAAGAACAAAAAAAUUCGUGUCCGCAGCAAUUCCUGUAAGAGCUCGCCUGAUAUGAUUGGAAUGGAGAAAGUUGCAAAAGGAGAAGGUUUCAAUAAUUGUCAGCAAGAACUUGACAUCUCAACAUUAUCUCCCAUGGACCAGCUAAUCCGGGCUGCACGAAUACUAAAUCCACGCCAAUUUGACUUACCACGAGAGUUAAAAGUUUACUUCCCGUUUCCAGGAACUGAAAAAUUGGAAGGAAUGUCCAAAAUCAAUGGAAAUGGUAAAAAAGGUGGUAAAGGAAAGAGGGUGUAUGAGUUAGAUAGUCAGGGACUAGUUCCUUUACCGGCUAAAACGUGCAACACUUGCGGAAGAUCAUGUCGCAAAGCGCCAUUGAUUGCAUGUGAUUAUUGCGACUCGUUUUAUCACCAGGAUUGUCUAGACCCUCCUUUGACAGCGUUACCGACGGCCAUGUGGAUGUGUCCGAAUCAUGUAGAACAGUUCAUUGACUGGAAAUUGGUUAAUUCAGUAUCCGCAACAGAACGCAUUAAACUAUGGAAUCAAUUCAAUACAGUAAUUGACCAAGACAGUAUCAAAAACGAAUUUUUCCGUAAAGUGAGUCGUCGAAAUCCCCCAUUCCGUAUUAAACAAAAAGCAGUUACCAGAGAUUACGUAGAAGUUCCAUCGAUUAUUGAAUACCAUUACAAAAAUCCUUCAGUUUUAUUUCCAUCUAUGCGUGAGAUAUUACGAACUAGAGAUACUGAUCCUAAUAAAGACUAUUCCCAGUUAUGCUACGACGAUACUCAAAUUUUGAUGAUGAUAGAUGCAGAAUUGAAAGCUAUUGGGGCAGCAGAUAACAGAAUGAACGAAAUCGAUAAAAAAACUAUGGAUCCGAAAAACAAGGAAAGAAAACUAAUUACUGAAACGGAAGAGCAAAUCGAAACAGCCAAUGGAGAUACCGCGAAAGGAAACGGCGGCGGUCGCAUCGAAAAACAAAUACCGUCAUCAAGAAAAAUACCUGCCUCCAAGUCAUUGAAAGGAGAGGAACAAAUUGUCGACAGUAAUAUUCUCAAAUCGCCUUUGGAAAGUGAGUAUGUAGAGGAAAGAAGAACUAAGCAUAUUGAUCUUGACGGUAUUGUCGAAAAGCAGACUGAUGUGCAAAAAGUGAACGAUGUGCUAUCUUGCUUUGAUAGUACAACUGUAAAAACACUCGCUUUUCAACGAUUACAGCAGAUUCUAAUAUCAGGUACCAUUAAAUUGGACAAUUUUCCGAAAAAUAUGGAGAAAGCGGAUCGAGAAAUUGUCAAAGUAGAGGAUUUUUCUCUGCCGUUACCAAGUCAACUUCUUACAAAAGACGAUAUUGAACGAAUUGCAAAAGAAUUUACCAGCCCCAAACGAGAAAAUGAAGCUACUGAUAAUCAGUUGAAUGAUCUCGGUGCUGUAUCAAAAAGAGUUGAUAUUAAACAAAAUUUCACUGACGAGUUUUUAACCGAUCAUCAAAAAAUAUGCUUACUGUCUAAAAAUGUAAAAGAAAUAGUUAGGCACAAAGACAUACGUACUCGUGCAGUCAUAACUCCGAUCGACAUUAAAAUCAAAGAUAAAAAUUGGUUCGAAACACCAGAUCUUUCACUUUCUUGUUAUAUGCGCUAUCGGUCAUUGUCAGUUGGUAGCGGACAAGGUAAUGAUGUUCAAUUAACGAAAUAUGGAAAUUGCCAAUAUAUUUCAGAUAAACAUGCAACUAUAUUCUAUGAUGAGGUAACUAGAAUGUAUGAAUUACUCAACUAUUCGGAAUUUGGUACUGUAGUUAAUGGGCAGCAUUACACAUGCGAUUUUACAAAUUACGCAGUAGAAAAGGAAUACACAGACAACAGCCACACGGCAGCGAAAAAAUCGAAAAAAGAAGAUUGCGACGAUUCUACCAAAGAUCGUAAAUUUAGUAAGCAAAAGAUUCGACAAGAGAUAAGCAGUUUGGUUGAGUUUUCUCGCAAAUGCAAUUAUCAUACUAAUAAUCUUUCUUCGAAUAUUCGAAUGGCAAGCAUUUCACAACCAAAAUGUACAUGCCCUCAGAGAAGCUUGGAAAAUUACGGCUGGGAAGGAACAGCUCUACUUUAUCAUGGUACCUUAUUACAAUUUGGUUGUCUAUCGUUUGUAUUUAGUAUAACGGAUUAUGAUUGCAUUGCUGAAGAAUUCGAAGAAACAGAUAAUCAAUCGGAUGAUGAUAUUUGAAAUAAGAGCAUUCAGCGUUUAUUUAGCGAUUUAUUAUGCUUUUUUCGUGAAAAAUAAAAUGAAAUAACUAAUAAACGUUUCUGACAAGUAAGUUCUUUUGUGCCGAGUUUCAAACAUACCAUUCAAUAGAACUGAACCUUGAAUGGGCUUACAGACAAAUCAGUGAAUAAAUAGCGGUCACAAUCA